AUUCAGAUUAAUCAUUCCAAAUAACAAGCCAACUCGUCCGAGUAACCUAUUCUAAGGUUUGGAUCUCUCGAUUAGGGAUUCGCUUUGCCUCUCGCGGGACUAGAGACCUUUCGGUUUUGCUCAAAUGAAGAUGAAGCUCAACAAAGCCUGCGAUCUCAGUUCUAUCUCGGUCUUUCCUCCUCAAUCGAGGAAACCUAAUGCUAUACCAACAGGACCACAAGCAUCACAGCUUCGUUCCCAACCUUUGCAGCAAUCAUUUUCACAGGGACUAUCAUCUCAGCAUGGGAUAUUCUCUCAAAACUCACUCGAUGACACUCUGACACUUGAUCAGAGAUUUGGUUCUCAAGAACGAGAGAACUCGGUGAAGAAGAAUUCUUGCUUGGUUCCCAUAAACUAUGCACGAGAAGAGAGUCAAAUUCCUAGCUUGAGAUCUUCCAACAGUCUGAUACGUAAAUGGAAUCCUGCUUCUGUUCAAGAUAAUAAAUCAGGUCAAAUAAGUGAAGAACUUGAACAUCGGAUUGGAAUGAUAGAAACUUCGUUAAACAGGUUUGGAAUGAUCUUGGACUCUGUUCAGGGUGACAUCAUACAAGUAAAUAGGGGAACAAAAGAAGUAUUGCUAGAGAUGGAAAGCAUUCGACAGAAGCUGCUGCUUCAUGACACCUCCUUGCAGCUAAUGCAGAACAGGGGACGAGAAGAUAUCAAAGCUAGCCUUGAAGAGGGCUUCAAAUCUGUAUCAGAUCAACUGAGCAAGGAUAUCCAUCAGGCCAAGUUACAGAAAAUUUUAUUGCCGCUUUCGGCUUUUCCAGAGCAAAUAGGAGCUUCUCAUCUAAAAUUACAAACUGUGCUCUGCAACUAUUUCAACAAAAAAAUACAGGCAGUGGCAUGCAGCCUGAAGAAUCCUGCAGCAACUGUUCUUCCACCAAAGGAUAAUGCCUCCUGUAUCACUCCACCGCGGAAGCCACAGUCCAUCAGAAAUCCACUCGCACCUCAAAAAGUUUGUGCGCAAGAAAAUAAAGCUCCAAGAGUAGAGAUGAGAGGUUGCAAAUCAGUAAAGCCAGGAAAAGCUACCAUCAAGGAGAAGGUGUCACAUGAUGAGCACAAAAGGAAGGGAACUUCUCUCAUCAAACAGGAAAGAGAAUGUCGAGUUAUCAUCGAUUCAGAUGAAGAUGUUGAUGGAGGUUUUUCAUGUUUGCUUGAUGAGAAGAAAGCAGACAUUGAAGAAUAUCUGAAUGAGGAAAAAGCAAAGCUAGAGACUGGAAGGAUUUUGAGAAGAGCAAGAAGGCAAAGGAGAAAGGACUGUAAUCCUAUAAUUAUUAAUUGAAGAUGAAAGACAAGCAUCCUUUAACGAUUUCUUCGUUGCAGUCCUACAGAUGUUCAUUACUGACAAUAGUGAGUGAGAUUAAAAAAGAAUUUUAACCUCUUUUGCCUAUCACAUAGAUUUUCAAUUCUUAGAGGUUCCCCUCUUAAGGGGAAUUUGUAACACUGAACUUUGCAUAUAUGGAUGUUCAAACUAGUUUUUAAUGUGUUGCCGCAGUAUGAGUAUUGAGUAGUGUGUAUUUGUGAAGGGUGAUGCUUCAUACUAGUAUAUGGCAUUGGCAUGUCAUGACCCUCAAAAUUUAUGUCCUU